UUUACGUUUAUGUGCGCUUAGGAGGGUUGACGUUCAAACUAAAAUAUGGAACCUGUUAUACAAAAUGUUUUUAAAUGGUCAGCCUUUGUAGCAGGUAUAGGAUAUGGAUAUACACAUCGUAAUACAUUAGCAGUAAAAAAGAAAAAAAAAGAACAGCAAGAACUAUAUAAACGUAAAGAAGAUGUUAUACACAAAGCACGAAUAGAAUAUGCAAAACUUUAUGCACCAUCUUUAUUAAAAGCGAAUAGUUUAGAUUUAAAUGACCCAAACUUUGAUUUAGAAGCAUAUUUAAAUAGACUAGAAGAAGAAAAUUUACAUUAAUAUUGAAAAAUAAUAAGCAAUAGUUGUUUAAAAGAAA